CCUCCACCAGCCCCGGCCUGCGCAUGCGCAGUGCCGUCGCCGCGCCCCCCCCAAACCAUUGUCGGUGCCAGGCUGAGCUGGGAUAUGAGUGCGCUCUUCUUCCCCGACAUUCCGGCCAAGUCCUUGUCCAAGUCGGCCGCCGCUGGCCACAGGGACUCCCACAAGAGUCACAACCACGCAUCGAAUAAGCACAGGGACGUGGACAAAUACAAGCACAAGUCCGAGCAAAAGACUGACAGUAAGGCUGACAGUAAGGCUGACAGUAAGGCUGACAGUAAAGUUGACAGUAAAGUUGACCGUAAGACUGACCAUAGGUCUGACCACAAGUCUGAACACAAGUCUGAACACAAGUCUGAACAAAAGUUUGAACACAAAUCUGACCACAAGUCUGAACACAAGUCUGAACACCGGUCUGAGCACCGGUCCGAGCACAAAUCUAAACACAAAGACAAGGACAGAGAGAAGGAGCGCGAUAAGGAGCACAAGUCCAAGCAUGGUGGUGGUUCGAUGGGUUCCAAGGAGCACAAGGAAACUUCCCAUACCAAGCAUAAGGAACAUUUGGACAAAGAAAGACAGAAGGACAAGGAACUGGACAAAAUCAAAAAGGAAAAGCCUUUUGUAAAUGAUGUGAAGAUAAAGAAGGAGAAUGGCUUCAGUUCCCCAGUCAUUAAGCUGGAGGAAGACGAUGGCUAUGGGUUUGGAGCCGCUGUGACGGCGCCAGCACGUGCCAAGCAGGAAGCGCGUGCUCGUGAAGAUCGCAUCAAGAAGGAGUCAAAACCGGAGAAGCGCUUUCGGGCCGACUCCGAUGAUGAUCAGCCGCUGUCCAAAAAGCUCCAUAUGGUCAAGCAGAUAAAAACUGAGAAAACGGUUGACAGAAAAUCCACAAAGAGGCCACAUGACAGCCAGAGAAAGUCAACAAAGAGAGAAAAGGAUGACAUUCCAAGCAAGAGAAAGAAGAAGGAUGAACCGGAAGAGAAAUGGAAGUGGUGGGAGGAGGAGCGCUACACGGAUGGCGUCCGAUGGAAGUUCCUGGAGCACCAGGGCCCUGUGUUUGCACCGCCUUACGAACCGCUCCCAGACGAUGUGCACUUCUACUACAAUGGCAAGCCAAUGAAACUGAGCGAGAAGUCAGAAGAGGUGGCUACCUUCUACGCCAAAAUGCUGGACCACGAGUACACGAGCAAGGAUAUCUUUCGGAAGAACUUUUUCAAGGACUGGCGAAGGGAAAUGACGUCAGAGGAGAGGAGCAUUAUCACCGACCUAUCAAAGUGCAACUUCAACGAGAUUGAUGAAUACUUCAAGGUCAAAACGGAGGAGCGCAAGAACAUGUCCAAGGAUGAGAAACAGAUGCUCAAGGAAAAGAACGAGAAAAUGACGCAGGAUUUCGGCUUCUGCCUCAUGGACUCACACAAGGAGCGAAUCGGCAACUUCAGGAUCGAACCUCCGGGCCUUUUCCGUGGUCGAGGUGACCACCCGAAGCAGGGCAUGCUGAAGAGGCGUGUGUUGCCUCAAGACGUGAUCAUCAACUGCAGCAGGGACUCCAAAAUCCCAGUGCCGCCACCGGGCCACAAGUGGAAGGAGGUACGACACGACAACAAGGUGACGUGGCUCGCCUCCUGGACCGAGAACGUGCAGGGCCAGGUCAAGUACGUCAUGCUCAACGCCACCUCUCGCAUCAAGGGCGAGAAGGACUGGCAGAAGUACGAGGUGGCUCGUAAGCUGAAGACUUGCGUGGAGAAGAUCCGGAGCCAGUACCGCGAUGACUGGAAGUCAAAGGAGAUGCGAAUUCGCCAGCGAGCCGUCGCACUUUACUUCAUUGACAAGUUGGCGCUGAGAGCAGGUAACGAGAAGGAGGAGGGCGAGACGGCGGACACGGUGGGCUGCUGCUCGCUGCGCGUGGAGCACAUCAAGCUGCACGAGAAGAUGGACGGCCAGGAGUACGUGGUGGAGUUCGACUUCCCUGGCAAGGACUCGAUCCGCUACUACAAUAAGGUCCCCGUCGAGAAGAGGGUUUUCAAGAACCUGCAGCUCUUCAUGGAGAAUAAGCAGGGUGGGGAUGAUCUCUUCGACCGUCUUAAUACGUCAAUCCUGAACAAGCACCUUCAGGAGCUGAUGGAUGGACUGACUGCCAAGGUUUUCCGAACCUACAACGCCUCCAUCACCCUGCAGUGGCAGCUGAAGGAGCUCACGAGCACGGAUGAGAGUGUCCCUGCCAAGAUCCUGUCCUACAACCGGGCGAACCGCGCGGUGGCCAUCCUGUGCAACCAUCAGCGUGCCGCGCCCAAAACAUUUGAGAAGUCCAUGGCCAACCUGCAGGGCAAGAUCGACGGCAAGCGGGAGCAGCUGGCUCUCGCCAAACGCGAGCUCAAGUCGGCCAAGACUGAUUUGAAGGUCCGCAAAGACAUCAAAAGCAAGAAGGUUGUCGAGACCCGCAAAAAGGCAGUCGAGCGCAUGGAGGAGCAGCUCAUGAAGCUGGAGGUGACUGCUACUGACAAGGAGGAGAACAAGCAGAUCGCACUCGGCACCUCCAAACUCAACUACCUGGAUCCUCGCAUCUCCGUCGCAUGGUGCAAGAAGUUUGGUGUGCCCUUGGAGAAGAUUUACAACAAGACUCAGCGAGAGAAAUUUGCCUGGGCCGUUGACAUGGCCGAAAAAGAUUUUGAGUUUUAGACGACAUGGAUUUUAUGAAAUGACAGCGGUUUUAUUGAUCGCACCGAUCCGUUUUAAACCUUGAGCUUUUUAUAUAUAUAUACACCCUGCUUCGUCUGGAGAUGAAUACUGCUCAACCCCAUAAUUGUACUUUUGCCACAGAACCAAUUUUAUGGGCUUGAGUGGUGUUUUUAUAGAUGUCACCUAGCCAAAUUUAAAGACUCAAAAUAGUCUGAAGUUAAUGACUUUAAGAACAGCCACACACGUUAAUUGCAUUAACCUGUGUGACUUUUUAAAGGUCGCAUAAAUUAAUUGCAUUGUUUUUAAUUUAGCACUGUUAGGAGAAGCUUUUGUUGCUUUUGAAAACAAAGUUGGAUAUACAUUGGCAUUAAAAACCUAAAAGUCAUUUCAUUUGAAAAACGCAUUAAAUAGUUCAAAUUCAUUUUUAACAUUUACUAUAAAUUACAAAAUCCACGGUAAUUAAUUUUUUCAAGCAUGAUUUAAUUCAAUAACCCUCUUAGCGAUGUGUUAGUGCUAUUUAAGUUUUUUUUUUUUCAGACUGUGAGCCCUAUGCGAGUUUAUGGAAUAUUAAAUGUUUUAUAGUUUGCCGAAUAUUGUACAGUUUAAACCUCGAUUGUCCAUAAACUGGGUCUGGGGGUUUGUUUGGAUUGUGAACUUUCUUUGCAAAUACAGCUUGUUAAACACUUUCAAGGAUUUUGAAAACAUUUUUUUCCUGUUUCUUUUCAAAUCAAUUGUGUUCAAUCCACUUGAUGCCGAACACGAACCGCCAUUUUGGAGAGCACCAGUUUCUGCAUGGAUGUUCUCCUAAGACGUAUUAAGUACGCCCGGCAGACGGACAAUACUUGGAGCACCAGAGAGGAGCAUCUUGUCCUGUGUUCACGAGAUGUACAACAAGCUUAAAGCCCCCCCCCCCCACCGUGUAUAGGCGCGACAGAAAUCUGCCUUACUUCACUUGGAGAUUAUGCCUGCCGAUUGCCGACUUGAAGCACAGGUGGCUGGUCUGGCUUUGCCUGGUGCUUGUUGAAUAUUAAAAAAGGCAGGUGUGGCCACAAUGGUUUGGCGAGGAGCUUGCUACGUGUUGCUAUGGUGCUGGUUAUGCGAGUCGAAGCGUGCGUUUUGUGUGUUUGCCCAUUUUGGCCAACCCAGCCGCAGCUAAAUUGAGCAAACUUGGAUUUGGGGAGAUCAUACACGCAAUUAAUUAAUGUUGAACAUAAAUCCUCCCUAGCUCUGUAAAUAUUGCUGCAGGAUCGAAACAACGGUACACAGAGACUGUCCUUUAGAGCUCAAGGAAGACAUUAAUGGUAAUAGUGUGUUUUCUAAAUUGUGUUCCACAAGAUGAAAGUGCUAUCGUGCUAUACACAUGAAUGUUGGUCUCGUGGGGGGGUCUAUACAUUGGGCCUUUAUCAAUGAGUGUUGUCACUCCGGCUGAAGCUACAUUAGCAUCGCUUAAGAAUUUGCUGUACCGUUUUCUCAUUUUACAAUUUUAUAAAGUUUACGGUGGUCGCCAUGUGCGUAAAAAAUAUGACGUGAAUUUGACUGAUGCCCGGUGUUCAGAACAGGCGGGGUUGGGUCACCGUAUACAUAUAUAAACAUCACUGCUAAGAUUAUUUUACUGUCAUUUUGCUUUGAAUAAAAAAGCCAGUGCGAGCGAG